GAAUUCCAUUCUUUUUCUCAACCGUAAUUGAACUGCCUAACCCUUCCCUCUAAUAACGACCGAUAGUUAUCGAAAAAUCAUGUCUGAACGCGGAUCCAACCCACCUGAGGAAAAGCCCAAGGCAGAAGAACCAGCCGCUGAUCCUAACACUCUUAACAUCAAGAUCACCAACACCAACAACGAGGAGGUUUUCUUCAAGAUUAAGAGGACUACCAAGCUUAACAAGCUCAAGAGUGCCUACGCCGACCGGGUUGGUACUGACGUUGCUUCUAUCCGAUUGCUUUUCGACGGCCAUCGAAUUCUUGACCAUCAAACCGCCAACGACCUCGAUCUUGAAGACGGUGACGCUAUUGAAGUCCAACUCGAACAGGUUGGCGGUUACUAGAUGUUUUAUGUAUAAUAUGCAUCUGUAAUACAACGGAAGACUUACAUUAAAAGGAAACAUGAACUAAUUGAUCCUGGUGCUACAGCCCCGUUUCGUGUUAUAAAUGGCCUGCGUCGCCAUUAUUAUUCAUUUCCUUUGCAAUAGGUUGAUGACCGUAC